AUGGAUAAGAUAGUGGAUCGAAUUUCAGGGUUGCCUCCUUUUAUAAUUCAUCAAAUUAUGUCCUACCUCUCAACAAAAAGGGUAGCUCAAAUUAGCAUAUUGUCUAAGAGAUGGAAUCAGUUAUGGAUAUCUUUCUCUAUCUUUGAUUUUGAUCAAACUUAUUUCCUCGCUCAAGAUGAGAGUGAUCAAAUUAUAUCAGAGUUUGAAGGGAACAGAUCGACACUCUGUGAUCGUUUGAAAGAAUUUAUAGAAUUUGUUGAUGCUUCUCUGCUUCAGUUCUGCGAGCUCAAGUUUUGUAUGCACAAAUUUACGCUAGUCAUAAGUAUUCUUGAUGUUGAAGAAUCGGCUCCUUAUAUUGAAAAAUGGAUAGGAUUGGCCUCUGAGAAGGAGGUUAAAAAGAUUAGUUUAGAAUUCUUAACAAGUGGCGAUGCACCAUCUCUGCUAGAUAGUUACUACUUUAAGGUUAACUACUUGUGA